AUGUUGAGCACCGUCGGUCACCAACAACAUCGCUUUCGCCGGUCUCUCCUGUCCAGUUUCUUCUCCAAGAAAUCCGUGCUGCAGAUUGGACCGCUGAUCGAUCAACAAAGAGAAAAGCUGUUCCAGCACCUUGUCAACUUUCAUCGCACCCAGGAGGUGGUCCGGCUGGAUUCGGCGUUUGUCGCACUGACAUCGGACAUCAUCUCGGCAUACUGCUACGGAGAGUCGGGCAACUUCUUGGACGACCCCAGCUUUCGCAGCGAUAUCCGUGCUUCGGUUGUUGACGCCGCUUCGAUCUGCCACCUCGCUCGGUUCCUGCCGUUUCUCCAGCCCCUGAUCCAGUCUGUGCCAGAAGGUAUUCUGCGAGCAUUGAUGCCCGGAAAGACAGCCUUGCUUGAUUUCGAACACUCACUCGCCUCCAAGGCUUCCAAGGCUCUGCACGAGGGCAAGCCAUCUGCCGCAGCCGAGGAGACCAUCUACGACCGGUUGACUGACAAAAGUGUGCCCCCGGAGGAGAGGAGCCUGUGCCGUAUCCAGGACGAAAGCUCUCUGGUCCUUGCCGCCGGCACAGAAACCACUGCGCGCAUCCUCACCAUCGCGAUAUACUACCUCAGCCGGGAUCAGUCGAUGCUGGACAAGCUUCGCGCCGAACUCAAGCAGGCUCUCCCGACACCGACCUCCUUGACCACUUGGGUGCAGUUGGAGAAACUGCCGUAUCUGACCGCAGUGGUCCGCGAGUCCUUGCGCCUAGGGUUCGGUAUUACCUGCCGGCUUCCCCGCGUAGCCCCUGAAGAAGUGUUGCGAUACAAGGGCUAUGAGAUUCCGCCUGGUACGGCCAUGAGCACAUGCACCAUGUUUGUCCAUCGAAACCCGGAAAUUUUCCCAGACCCGGAUCGCUUUGAUCCAGAGAGAUGGAUUGAAGGAGGCCAGCUCAACAACAAGCUCACCAAAUACAUUGUUUCAUUUACGAGAGGCAGCCGCAUCUGCCUGGGGAUCAACUUGGCAUACAGCGAACUAUAUCUGCUGAUUGCCCACCUGGCUCGGCGAUUUACCUUUGAAAUAUACGACACCAGUGAGGACGACGUUCGAGUAACCAGGGAUUUGAUGGUGGGGUAUACGCGGCGAGGGGAUCUCCAGGUCUAUGCAAAGGUGGCGGAGGUUGUCCAGGAGUAG